ACACAAACAACAACAAAAAACAACAUGGUGCUGAGGGUGUUGAUGCAGGUCCACCAUCGCAGCACUCGGGAGGCUGAGGCAGGAGGAUCAGGAAAUGGAGGCCAGCCUGUGCUACAUGACACCCUGCAUGAAAGGAGGAGGGGGAAGAAAAAGACUCAGGAGAAUCUGUGCUGUCACCUAUGGGUGUAGUUUUCCUGUGUCUCGCCUCCCCUCAGUCUCCAGACCCUGGCUGGCUCCCUGUACCCCUCUCCUCCCAGCAGCACCCCGCCCCCACUGCUCCAAGUCAUUCUUCCCCCACCCCCACCUCUCCUUUGCCUUCUAGAACUCCUGGAGCUUUCCAACUGGAGGUUUCUAUUAGCAGUUGGUCCUGGGCUGGCUGCCUACCAUGGCUUCUUGAGUCACGGUCCCCUCAGGAUGGCAGCCCAGGCUCGGACCCCUCGGUCACGGUCACGAAUCUUGGGCUGCUCCUCCGUGUUGCGCUUUCUACGAAGCCUGGUCGGGAGCAAAGGGAGUUCUAACAAGUCCCUGGCCAGGAGCGGACCCAGCCCCUCACAAGAGCAGGAGGUUGUCUCCCCAAGGAUUGGCCCCCGGGGAGGUUGUUGGAGGAGGGGGCCAAGGCUACGUGCAGUGGUACCCAGGGUCCUCUCUGUAGCCCCCUCAAACGUGCCGCCUCAUGAUGCCUUUGGGCUGGGCACUGGGGAUAUGGGGUCCCAGACCCUCACCUCCAAGGAUACCCUGAAGCUCCGGGCCCAGGGUGUAGAGGUGACAUCAGUCCCCACCAGAGAAAUCGUGGAGGUUCUGGGGUACCUGUCUGAGAAGAAAGGAGAGGAGAAAGAGACAGCAGGGGAGGCCUCUGGGGCCUCAGACAGGGAGCACUUUGCUCAGGCCCUGGAGGUGGAACAAGGAUGCCUGCAGUGGGUUCCAGGACCACUGGCACUCGCCCCUGGGGCCUUGGUCAAAGAGGAAGAGGAGGGGCCCUGCCUAAUUGAGAUAGGAGACCUCAGGCUGACCUCCUGCAAGGUGGGGUCCACCCCAUGGAAUUAUCUCCUUGGCUUAUACAAACAACUGCAGAAAUCAGCCAUGGCCAAGGCUCAGAGACCAGGGGUGCCUCAGUUUCCUCCCAAGGACGGCUUGUCCCAUGAGGAGAAAGGGGAGCGAGAGGAAGCGGAGGAGGACAGCUACCUCAAGCUGUGUGCCCCGCGCGUCACUGCCACCUCCCAGUCUCAGCUGCAGAAGAUAUUUAGGGCCACGGAUACAGUGGGUUUCGUGGAGUCAGAGCUAAAGAAGAUUCUGGCAGUACGGCGGGAGUCCCGCCUCUGGAAGGUGGGCAACCCAGAGGGCCGGGAGCUGCUCACUCAGCCAGACAUCACGCUGGAGGAGGCUGGCAUGGUAGAUGGCCAGCACCUGCUCCUGGAGGAGAUGGAUGAGAUGGGAAACUGGCCUCCUCCAGAGUGAGGCCCCUGUCGUCAGGAGCCCACGGCGCCCACACCCCUGGGACCCCAGUCCAGCGUGUGUCUCUUCCUGGGACAUAUUCAAGGAGUCCCUGUGGCCCUGGGCUUUGGGGUGAAUAGCAUCCUGUGUGUGUGUGGUGGGCGUGCCCAGUGCUGUCUCUACCCGUCAAACUCUGGUAGAUGAUGUUCUUAAUAAAAGCUUAGUUUGCCAUUAGCUUCCUGGGCUGUCUGUCAUUGGCCACCACCCGUCUGCCUCACUCCUUGAGUGAACCUGGUUAUUAGGGUCUCUAGUCCCUAAUUCAUGCCUGCAGAGCAUGGGGGCUACCUCUGGGCACGGGGCAGGGAGAGCAGGAGGAUUUAGGCUAACCUGGGGAUGUUGCCUGCCAGUCAGCCAGCCAGAAGGAGA